CACAUGGACUCUGUAUUUUUCUUUUUAGCAAAAAAGAAAAAACCCUAAUAAGUUACCGGUGGUUUUUAGUCCGACACUUUUGCAGUUUUGUUUCCCAAGUUUUCUGUGGUAGUUGUUAUUCUAUGUCAACCGCUGCACACCGCCGCCGUCUACCGGACUUGAUGUCUGCAGUCGACCCGAAUCGUUGUCAAUGCAGCAGCAGCAGCGGCUACUUGACGGUUAAAUGUUUAGGGGCAUGUUGCCACCACCACAACAACUACUACUACUUUUUGUUAAGGAAGUUGGAGAAACGACGAGGGAAAACUACUCUUUUGGGGUUUGUUGUAAUUAUUAUUGUUUGUGUGGUGGUUUUGUGUAAGCUUGCAUAUAUGGCCGGGUGUCGUAUGGCUGAAGCGGAGAGUAACAACGACUCCAGAACGAUGUUCAUCUUGAGAGACUACAAGCGUCAUUCUAUCAAUGCUCAGAGACUAUUAUCAUCUUCUUCCAUCAAACUAAAAUAUUAUCAUCCUACUACUGUUGAAGAAAUUUGGAUGAAACCAAACAGCAGUGAUUAUUAUCAAUGCAUUGUUAGACCAAGGAACCGAAUAAAGACAAGCUCAAGGACAAACGGGUAUAUUCUUGUGCAUGCCAAUGGUGGAUUGAAUCAGAUGAGAACCGGGAUAUGUGACAUGGUUGCCAUUGCUAAGAUCAUGAAUGCGACCCUUGUUCUUCCUUCUCUUGAUCAUCAAUCCUUUUGGACCGAUCCGAGUGAUUUUAAGGACAUUUUUGACUGGAGACAUUUUAUGGAUGUUUUAAAAGAAGAUAUUGAGAUUGUAGAGUCUUUACCACCAGAAUUAAUGAGUACAAAACCACAUCUUAAGGCUCCUAUUUCAUGGUCAAAGGCUAGUUACUAUAGAGGGGAGAUGUCUUUACUGUUGAAGAAACACAAAGUAAUUAAGUUUACGCAUACGGAUUCAAGACUUGUGAACAAUGGACUCGCUCCCUCUUUUCAAAAGCUUAGGUGUCGAGCCAACUAUGAGGCCCUUCGUUACUCUCAGGAGAUUCAAGAGCUAGGAAAUAAGUUGAUUGAUAGACUUAGGAGCAGAGGAGAGCCUUAUAUUGCUCUUCAUUUAAGAUAUGAGAAAGACAUGCUUGCAUUCACAGGGUGCAGCCACAACUUGACAGUAGAUGAAGCAGAGGAGCUAAGAGCCAUGAGAUAUGGUGUGAAGCAUUGGAAAGAAAAGGAAAUAAACAGCAAAGAAAGGAGACAACAAGGGGGCUGUCCUAUGUCCCCCAGAGAAGCUGCUUUCUUCCUUAAAGCCUUGGGGUACCCUCCAACCGCCCAAAUUUACAUAGUCGCAGGUGAAAUAUACGGCGAUACAAGCAUGGACGCCUUUCAGAAGGAGUACUCAAACGUGUUUUCUCAUACCACACUCAUGACACAAGAGGAACUAGACUCGUUUAAGCAGUAUCAAAAUCGUCUUGCCGCAGUUGAUCAUAUUGUUGCCCUUGAGAGUGAUGUUUUUGUUUAUACCUAUGAUGGGAAUAUGGCAAAGGUGGUCCAAGGGCAUAGGAAGUUUGAAGGCUUCCGUAAGACCAUCAGCCCUAAUAGGCAACAAUUUGUUAACUUGAUAGAUCGGUUGGACAAUGGAGCGAUAACAUGGGACACGUUUAGUUCUCAAGUGAAGAGCAACCAUAUGGACCGGUUAGGAGCACCACAUGAGAGGAAGGCCCGUGACUCUCCAAGAGUAGAAGAGAACUUCUAUGCAAACCCGUAUCCUGGGUGCAUUUGCAGCAACAGUCUACAUGUCGACGGAAGACCAAGCCAAAGAGUAUCAUUUUCGUCACAAAAAUAGGCAUUUAAGAUUUAGCGCUUGUAUAGCAUACACAAAGGAUCUUGCUUGACCACAGAACAAGGCGAAUAUCUACUUCAUAUUUUAGGGCCUAUUAUGAAGUCAUUGAUUUUAGAACAUGGGGGUGGGUGUAUUUAGCUUUUAUACAUUCAGAUAUAUCUAUAUCUGCAAUUAUAUUUCACAUGAUACAGAAAGAUGAUGUUAGGUGUUUCUCACAUGACCAUCAUGUGCAUUUGGAUCUUGAUUGUAUCAGGCAACUGAUCACCAUUUUUAACGCUUAUGUUUGUACUUUA